AUGCCUGCACAGCAGGAUCCUGAUGGCACUUCGCCUACCAAUGGUGUAUCUACUGAUCACCAAGGUACAAAUGGCAUCGAUGAUGGCCCUCGCAGAUCGGGCAGGGCAAGACGACCUGUCGUCCGGGAUCAAGGUGACGAAGACGAGCUCGCCACCAAUACGGUCACCACCAGCCAGCCACUACAAAAUGGAGCAUCACUAACUACACGCCGAAACCCCAAAAGAAAGGCUGCAAUUGCAGCUCCAGUAUACAACCUACCUGAAAACCUGCGCGAGGCAUCACUAGCUGCUCUCAGUUCUGGUGAGCUGCAGAAGUGGCUCGGCUGGGUCGAACUAGAAUCUGAGCCGUCAUUCUUCAAUGUCAUUCUAAAGGAGCUAGGAGUGGAGGAUGUCAAGGUUCAAGAGCUAUUCUCAGUUGACGAGGGAUCACUGGCCUUCCUACCGAAACCUGUUCAUGGCCUAAUUUUCCUCUACCAGUACGUCGAGGAGGAUCGCGAGGAUGACCUUCCAGAUUGUCCUGACAAUGUCUGGUUUGCGAAUCAAACCACAGAUAACGCAUGUGCCACGGUUGCACUGCUCAACAUCGUCAUGAACGGUAAGGAUAUCAAGCUGGGUGAGAAGCUCGAGGAGUUCAAGAAAGCCACCCAGGACCUGUCAGCUCCUAUCCGUGGCCAUGCUCUCAGCGCCAAUUCGUUCAUCCGAACCACCCAUAACUCUCUCGCAAGACGUCUGGAUCUGCUCAACGCGGAUCUGAUGUUACUGAACGAGUACGACGAUUCGAAGAAGAAGCGUGCCAGAUUCACCAAGGGCAGGAAGAAGAAGUCAGUGACGGAGGCUGCCUUCCACUUCAUUGCCUAUGUGCCCACCGCCGACGGAAAAAUCUGGGAGCUAGAUGGCCUGCAGUCGGAUCCCGUAUGUCUCGGACAAUAUUCUGACGACUGGACGGCCGUUGUCCGCCCGAUAAUUGAGGCACGCAUGCUGCAAUACGAGUCCGACAACAUGUCCUUCAACCUCCUCGCAUUGUGUCGAACCCCUCUCGACACUUUGCGCCAGGAGCUGGUUACAAAUAUUCGCAAGCUGUUGACGCUUGAGAAACGCAUCCUGGAGAUUCCUGAGAUGAGCUCCAUAGCGGCAUCUGAGCGAACUUGGCUCAACGGAGACGACGAGACCAGCCUGGCAGAGUACGGCGUGUCCAAAGAGGACUUGACCACAGCGGCGGCAGCACAGGCUUUCAAGGACAAGAUCUCCAAGCCGUCCUUCGAGACUGCAGAGGCGCUAGACCUACAGCAGAGUCUCGAGGACGAGCAGAAGCGCAUACGAUCUGAGUAUGUGGCGGAGCUGGCUGCGACGGAUGAGGAUGAGGCACGAGUAUUGGGGCGCAAGAAGGACUAUGCACCGGCGAUUCAUGAAUGGGUCAAGAAGCUUGCUGAGCAUGGCGUUUUACAGGAGUUGAUUAAUAAUGUCUAG